AUGAGAGAAGAGGUGUCCUGCACCAACUCCCCCGAAGGAGGUCUGGGGGCCAGCGAGGAGGAACUGGAAAGGGGAUCGAAGAAGACCUCCCAGGCAGGAAAUCGGAAGCGCUCCCCUUUCCCCAAGAAGGACGGCCUGGGCCAGGCAGAGGAGAGCAGCACCGGCAGCCCCACCAGCCUGCUGCCGUCCGGCCCCAAGAAGGGGAAGAAGAGCCCGUCCACGGUCGUGUCGUUGGCCCCCACGUCGCUGGGCCCCAGGCUGGACCAGCCCUUCGAGGACCUCCACUCUCAGCGCGUCAUCGCCAACGUGCGGGAGCGUCAACGCACGCAGUCCCUGAACGACGCCUUCUCCUCUCUACGCAAAAUCAUCCCCACGCUACCGUCGGACAAGCUGAGCAAGAUCCAGAUCCUGAAGCUGGCCUCGCGCUACAUCGACUUCCUCUACCAGGUGCUGCAGAGCGACGAGAUGGACGCCAAGCUGGCCAGCUGCAACUACCUGGCCCACGAAAGACUGAGCUACGCCUUCUCCGUGUGGAGGAUGGAGGGAGCCUGGGCCAUGUCCACCAGCCACUAG